UUGUCGAGGCGGGCGCGUGCGCGGUUCGCGGGUCGAUAUUUAGUGACGUCAACAGGAGUCCGGCUUCAGUCAGCCGCCGGUGGCCACGGUGAUCAUGUGGCUGCAAUGGAUCACCGCAACGGUACUCAUAGCGACGGUGUACUCCCGCGAAGUAUUCACCAACUCUUUCCUGGUGCGGUUCAAGCGGUCGCUGCGCCACGAGGAGGCGCACGGCAUCGCGCUGCAGCACGGCUUCGACAACCUCGGCCCGGUUCUCAGCUCCAACACAGAAUGGCAUUUCGCGCACCGUGGGCUGCCGCACGCGCGCCCGCGCCGCUCCAUACUGCAUACACGACUUUUGAAACGACACCCUUUGGUCCACACCGCGGUCCAACAACCGGGUUUCAAGCGGGUAAAACGUGGUUUCCGAGCGCUUCGUCUCCCCGAAACCGUACCAGCGUCUGAACCUCGUGAUCCGUACUUCCCUCUGCAAUGGUACUUGAAGAACACGGGACAAAAUGGCGGGAAACCUAAGCUGGAUUUGAACGUUGAAGCAGCCUGGGAGCAGGGGUAUACCGGCGUGAAUGUUACUACCGCUAUUAUGGACGAUGGAGUUGACUACAUGCAUCCUGACUUAAAAUAUAACUAUAAUGCUGAGGCAUCAUAUGACUUCAGCAGCAACGACCCCUUUCCGUAUCCUCGAUAUACUGACGACUGGUUCAACAGCCAUGGAACAAGAUGCGCAGGCGAAGUAGCAGCCGCUCGAGACAACGGUGUGUGUGGGGUUGGAGUUGCCUACCAUUCUAAAGUAGCUGGCAUUCGGAUGUUGGACCAGCCGUACAUGACGGAUCUCAUAGAGGCGAACUCCAUGGGGCACGAGCCCCAUAAGAUCCACAUUUAUAGUGCCUCCUGGGGGCCUACGGAUGACGGCAGGACUGUGGACGGACCGAGAAAUGCUACCAUGCGAGCUAUAGUUAGGGGCGUGAAUGAGGGUCGCAAUGGACUCGGCAAUAUCUAUGUGUGGGCGAGCGGCGAUGGCGGCGAAGAUGACGACUGUAAUUGCGACGGCUAUGCUGCGUCUAUGUGGACCGUCUCUAUUAAUAGCGCAAUAAACGACGGUCAGAACGCGCACUACGACGAGUCCUGUUCCUCGACACUCGCGAGCACGUUCAGCAACGGCGCCCGCGACCCGAGUACGGGUGUCGCGACCACGGACCUGUACGGAAAAUGUACUGCGACACAUUCGGGGACUUCUGCUGCGGCUCCUGAAGCGGCUGGCGUGUUCGCAUUGGCUCUGCAUGCUAACCCCAACCUGACCUGGCGCGAUAUCCAGCAUUUAACAGUAUUAACAUCUAAGAGAAAUUCCCUUUACGACGCAAAGGGUCGUUUCCAUUGGACUAUGAACGGAGUAGGCUUGGAGUUCAACCAUCUGUUCGGUUUUGGCGUGUUGGAUGCAGGCGCUAUGACGGCAUUAGCGGCGAAUUGGAGAUCGGUCCCACCCCGGUAUCAUUGUGAAGCUGGAUCGGUUAAUACUCAUACGGAAAUCCCCGCGGACGGUAGUGUAACACUGCACAUCGAUACCACCGCGUGUGCGGGCGGCGCCAGCGAGGUGCGCUACCUGGAGCACGUGCAGGCGGUCGUCAGCGCCAACGCCACGCGACGGGGCGACCUCGAGUUCUUCCUCACCAGCCCCAUGGGCACCAGAUCAAUGAUACUGAGUAGGCGGGCGAACGAUGACGAUAUGAGAGAUGGCUUCACGAAGUGGCCCUUCAUGACAACGCACACGUGGGGUGAAUAUCCACAAGGAACAUGGACUUUAGAAGCGCGGUUCAACGGCGGGUCGGGUCCGAGCGCCACGUCGGGCUGGGUGCGCGGCUGGGCGCUGGUGCUGCAUGGCACGCGCGCGCCGCCCUACGCGCUGCUGCAGCCGCACGACCCGCACUCCAAGCUCGCUGUGGUGAAGAAGGCGCAUGAGGACAACGCACGGACUUAAAUGUAUAUGACAUCCUAUUUAUUUAUAUUUUCCGUUAUUUUUUCUACGUUUUCUGUGUUUAGGUUUUGUUUUGUUAUUUAGGUUCUUUUGUUUAUCUGCAACCACAAGAGCCGCACUUUAAGCUCGCAGUCGUCAAGAAGGCGCAUGAGGACAACGCACGGACUUAAACGUAUAUCCGAUCCUACACCAUUUUGUUCUUCUGUCUUCUUUACUACUUUUUCUGUGUUUACCCACUACUUAUCCGAUUUAGUUGUAUUUUUUGCUGUUGUUUUUGUUACUUCUUUUGUUUAACUACAGCCGCAAAAGCCGCACUUCA